UUGAUGGUUGGGUACAGGUUAUCAGUUCACACUCUUGCCUGUGCCUGUGGUACAUACAGUAUCAUAUACUAAGGCUAAUGUUACAUUAUUAGUAUAAAUGAGUUGUGUUAGACUAAGAGGAAUAUUAGUAGACAUGAGACCAAUGCAGGAGAACAUCAAGGUGCUUUACUUUGCAAACAAAUGUCUGGAGCCAUAUGUAGAGAUCAUCACAGGGAAGGAUGCAGUGAAGCGGCGACGGAGCGUGUGCAGCUCAGAGGAGGGUAACCGCUCUGAGGACGAGGAGCCCGAGGACUUACUUCCUGUUCUCCGAAACCACAGCCAGCUCCUUAAUGACCACCGCAUCGAGAGUCUAGCCAAUCACAUGCCAGCAAGGACACAGGGGUAUCCAUGGAACCUGGUCUACAGCACAGCCAUUCAUGGCACCAGCCUGAAGACUCUGUACAGGCAAAUGGCCCACAUCGACAGUCCUGUGCUUCUGGUCAUCAAAGACAUGGAAAAAAAGGUGUUUGGUGCCUUCUCCUCCCAUCCCUUCAGAGUGAGUGACUGUUGCUACGGAACAGGAGAGACUUUUGUCUACAGUUUCGACCCUGCAUUCAAGGCCUACAGGUGGAGUGGUGAGAACUCGUACUUCAUCAGGGGCCAUAUGGACUCUCUACAGAUUGGUGGAGGAGGGGGGCUUUUUGGCCUGUGGCUGGAUGCUGAUCUGUACCACGGUGCCAGCUACUCCUGUCACACCUUCAACAACCAGCCCCUGUCCACCCAGCAAGACUUCACAGUGCAGGAGCUGGAGGUCUGGACUGUGCAGUAAACAGAGCGAGACACUGAGAGACUCAGAAGCGGAAAAGAGAGAGAGAAAAAAGCCAGGGCCAUGUCUAUCUAUGGUUUACAACAUGGCUUUGUGUUCAGUGAGGUUUAGCCUGUGCUCAAGCUGUUAGAGUACAGUGAGCUUAAUUCAUAUAUGAACGGACAAAGCCAUUGAUCAUGUGACACCAGUCAUUCCUAUGUGAAAACUCAAUAGUGCAUUUGAAGCCAAGGAAAUCCGUUAAGAUGGUGUCUCAUGUGGGAGAUUUACGUAGGCAUAACAUGCUUAGUUUGAGCUACUCCAGGAUGUGAAGCUGCAGGCUAGCUCAGUGCUGCCCCCUCUCAUUGAGUUUUUCACAUUGAAGGCAGAUUGGGGUAAGGCACGCUGCCAUUAGCUACAAAAGUAUGAUAAUGACUUCUUCUGUGUGCGAUUUUAAAAUAAUCGGUUCAAGCACAUACAUAUGGUAUAAUAGAAGCAAUUAUCAGUAGCAUUAUUUUUUUGUUUGUUAUUAUUUUAUUUACACAAAGAUUGCCAUCUUCCCAUUCACUAUAACGGGGAUCCUGUGUUCUGCAAAUAAUGCCUGCAGUACUGUGGUUGGCCUUGAAUGAGAGGGGGCAGUCAUUCUCCCCUGGGUUUGUCCUGUGUAAAACCUGGUCUCGUGACUUUUAGGCUGGUUUUAGCUGUGUUUUACCAGCGCGUAACCUAUUAUACCAGCAUUAACUCAGGUUGUAUCUGUGUUUUGCCUGGUUAACUGAGGACUGUAAAAACCUUUAGAAAUACCUGGAAGUCCAUUCACUUGUGGCCUCUAAUGGUUUGUACUAAAGGUAUGGGUUUAAAUCCCAUGUUAAAUCUUUUCUUAAAUUUGUAAAAGAGAAUAAUGAAAAAAAAUGUCAAGAACAAAACAGGAUAUAAGAUGUACCAAUUGUUUUAAUUUGGCAUCUUCUUCACAUUACUUUGAUGUUCUUAUUUUCAAUGACGGCCUAGGAACAGUGGGUUAACUGCCUUGUUCAGGGGCAGAACGACAGAUUUGUACCUUGUCAGCUCGGGGAUUCCAACGUUCUAACCACUAUUUAAAGAAAUGUUAUCUAGGGAAGUAUUUUGUUUUGUUUGCUUUGUUCUGUUCUAUUUGUAUGUGUUGAGUUUGUAAGUAUGUAUGUUUUUCUGUAUGUGUGCUGUACAGUGCUGGCACUGUUAAUGGCUCCUUAUUAAAAUUCUGCAUUUCCUGGUGACAAAAAUGUGCUUUAAA